UGAGAGGCGGGGGCCAGGGGAGGAGCCCAGGACUCAAUGCUCCUGAUUAGGGAAGAGCCGGCAGCUGGUGGAGAGCUGAGUCCCUCUUCUAGAAGUAGAGUCCUACCUUUUCCUCCCCUCUCCCCUAGUGUAUCCUUUGCAGACCCUCGGACCUGGACACCGUUUGGUGCGCUUCUGUGGGCACAUUCCCCUACUGAUUCAUGCAUCUGUCAACUAACUGAAGUAUCACGCCGCUGGUUGUAGGUCCCCUCCAUCCAGACUUGACACCUCUGAUUGCCACUUAGUCCCUCUGGGGAAGUUACCAUGGGAGGGUAACAGAGCCCUCCCAGGUCUGUGGAUAGUGACAGCUCAGGGGGAAGCCAAUGGAUCCAGGCAUCCAAGCCACAUCUGAGUUGUGACAAAGAUUCAUUCCUAGCUUCACAGCACAUGCUUGGGAAGGCCAUCUGUUGCCACCUGUGGCUGGAGUAGGUGGAAAUGGAACCUGGUUGGCAAUAAUACCCCAACUGUCACUGACCAUCUGUUCAUGUAACGCCUCAGUCCCUUACAAACUGCUCACCAUCCAGAAGAGAAUUUCUUAGAAUCUCUGGAGAGAGACACACACUACGGGGACAGUAUACUGGUUGGGGUGAGGGUGAGCAUAGCUGAGUGGGAGUAGCUCACACCCUAAUGCGUGACUUAUUCUUUAAUACAGAGACCUUAAUAAUAGGGAUAUAAAUAAAGCUCCAGCUGCAAUGGGAGAGUAGGGGAGCUUCUAUGACUUCCGCAUUUUGAGGGCUCCCCCAGGCAGGAUGUUACAUGCAGCUUGGGACCCUCUAGACUGAACAGCAGGAAUAGGGUUGCCGACACCUGCAGUCCAAGAUCUUCCUGGAAUCCCGGGGACAGACCCUGGCCCAUCCACCCUGGGGACACAUCUUCAGUCAGGACAGACCACGGAAACCUUGCUCUCCUUUUUCCUGGAAGAAGAUGUUACGGUCUACAAUGCAAACAUUCCUUAAGCAGCUGAAAACUCAUCUCAAAAUUUCCUGGGACUGGAGUGCCCAAAACCAGUUUUCAACUGGAAAUGCUCAUUGGCCCUCUCAGCUGUGCUCUCUUCCUGAAGCCAUCUGUCGUGUCAACUAGUCAUGGAUAAAGAAGCCUCUGAGGUCAGUCCCAGCCCACCUACAGUGACCAUCAAGAAGAAAGAUAAAUGUGCAAGAUCCAAAAAGUUCUCCAAAAAUGUUCUGAUCUUUUUACUGGGGAGGCAGCUGGGGAGGCACAGGAGUGACGUGGACCUGUCAAAGUGGCUGUGGAUGCUGACAUGAGCUGCCCCAGGGUGGAGCUGGCCAUGGCCAGAGAGUCCUAAAACCUACCUGUCUGUAACUUUAGAAAAAAAUAAAAAGUAACAAACUC